AUGUGGUGUAAUAUACAAAUAAAUAGUGAUGUUUACAUAGUUUCUGUUACACAAAAAGAUGAUGCUAUUAAUGUUUUUUUAACAAAUCUUAUAGAAAUAUGGAUGGAAACAUUAACACGUAACAUUAUUUUACAGAGAUGCCAGACAUUAAAUCCACUAUUAAAUGUUAAAGCUAUUAAUUAUUAUGAGAUUGUAUUAGAUAUUUUGAAUAAUAUAUCUGUACAUAUCGUAGAAGCCUCUACAGAACAAAUCAAAUUAAAAGUUCCACUAGAAGGUGGUUCAAUGAAAUUCACUCUGAAUUUAUCAAUAGGCAAAUCUAAAGAUUUUUGGGAAAUUGUAACUAAACCUUUGUGUAUAUCAUCAAUGGAAAUUAUUCGUCAACAUGAAUUUCUUAUAGAUUUAAUAAAGAAGAAGGAUGAAGAAAUUGCAGAAUACAAAGCAGAAGGAGCUGAAUUAAUAAGAAAAAAUAUUGAAACAAAAACUUUUACGGAAGAACAACUAAAAAUAAACAUUCCUUCUCCAAAUGUUCUUGAUUAUACUAAUGCAUUUCAAAGAAUGAUUGAUUUUUACAAUAAACUUAAUUUGGACAAAUGUAAUACAACUUUUACAGAACUUACAAGCAACAGCAAUAACUGUGAUGAAAUGGGGAAAACAGAGCAGAAUAUAACUAUUCCUAUUGAGGAUAAUGAUAAAAAUGCAUGUAAAGAUGUUGUAAACAAGGACAUUUCUAUGCAAGGGAAAACAAAAGCUUUACAUUCAAAAAAUAAAGACCAAAGUAAAAGUGCAUCUAAUAAGGAAGUACCUAACCAAAAAACUCGAACUGCAAAUAUGGUAUAUAGACCUAUCAAAAAAUUAAAAAAAGGUUUGCAUAAUUCUAUAUUGUAA